UUCAUUCUCUCUCUACAUUUCCCAUCUCUUGAUCCAAUCUUGUGCCAUUGUUUGUUAAUAUAUGUGAAAAAGAUGCAAUUUUUGGCCACCCCUUCUGUAAUUUCAUUGAUUCCAAUUCAAUGUUGAGAUGGGUGUGUGAGCUAUAGCUUUUAGAUUGAUGGUGCUUACAUUUGAAUUGGGUUUCAUAUAAGUGGUAGAGGUUAGGGCAGGAUUCAUAUGUCUGAUUGUAUACAUGAAAAAAGGAAAAUAUUGGGGCUAAGGGUUGGUCUGGUGAAGGGAAAGAGGUCAAAUUGUUGAGUGAUAAAUUGUAUCUAUGAGUACAAUGGUGACAAAUUCAUGGAGAAAGUAUGUCACCCCUUGUUGGCGGCCCUCGGUGUUGAGGCAAGGGGAGAAUUGCAGCAAUAAAGUGGGCGAUCCUAGUGGUCGGGCGGACAAGUUGUGGUGGUACAAAGAUAUAGGACUACAUUUGUACGGGGAAUUGUCAAUGGCGGUUAUUCAAGCAAAUAAUGUAUUAGAGGAUCAAUGCCAAGUAGAGUCGGGGCCGAUGAGUUAUAUGGAGGCUUGCCCUCGAGGGACAUUUGUUGGAAUCUACGACGGACAUGCUGGCCCUGAAGCUUCCCGGUUUAUAAACACCCAUCUAUUGGAAAAUGUUAAGAGAUAUACAUUCGAGAGUCGAGAGAUGUCGGCAGAUGUUAUAAAAAAUGCAUAUUUAGCAACGGAAGAACAAUUUCUUUCUAUGGUGAAGAAGCAAUGGGAAAUCAAACCACAGAUCGCCUCUGUGGGUUCGUGUUGCUUAGUAGGCGUAGUAUGUGACGGGAUGGUAUACACUGCAAAUGCUGGAGAUUCUAGGGUGGUGUUAGCAACAGUAGAAAAGUCUGGUAAACAGGUCAAAGCCGUUCAAUUAUCAGACGAACACAACGCCAGUGUUGAAUCUGUCCGGGAAGAGCUGCGCUCAUUGCAUCCCGAUGAUCCAAAGAUCGUCGUUCUUAAGCACAAUGUUUGGCGAGUGAAGGGUGUUAUUCAGAUUUCCAGAUCGAUAGGCGACGCCUACUUGAAGAGAGCAGAGUUCAACAAACCGCCUUUGAUAGCAAAAUUCAGGAUUCCAGAUCCUUUUGAGAAGCCAAUCCUGUUGGCCGAGCCAUCAAUACACGUACACAAACUUCAACAUGGAGAUCAGUUUCUCAUAUACGCCUCUGAUGGUCUAUGGGAACAUCUCAGCAACCAAGACGCAGCCAACAUUGUCCACCACUCUCCACGCAACGGCAUUGCCAAGAGGCUAGUAAAAGCCGCGCUCAAGGUUGCCGCGAAGAAGAGAGAGAUGAGAUAUUCAGACCUGAAAAAGAUCGACAGGGGCGUGAGGAGACAUUUCCAUGACGACAUCACUGUAAUAGUCCUCUUCCUCGACUCACAUUUGAUCAGCCGGAGCUCGUUUCAGCGGCCCAUUCUUUUGGUGAAAGGAAGCGGGGUAGCACCCGGAGAUGACUACGCGUAGAUUAGAUUGGUGGUAUAAACAUGUUUUGUUUUUGAUAAGUUUCAUCAGAAGAAAGAUGUUUGAUAGAUGUAUAGAACUGGCAUAUGAAACACGAAUUUUGCAGGAUAAGAAACAGAGGAAUUACUAGGGAUGUAAUGAGAAAAUUAUUAUUCAGUGUUA